UCCCGGAGCCGUCACAGUCACUGCCACCGCUCACCAUGGGCCCGGGGCCCCGGCUGCUGCUACCUCUCGUGCUUUGCGUGGGGCUCAGCGCGCUCGUGCUUUCUUCGGGGACCUCGGGCGUCCCCAAGCGAGGCCCCUCGGUGACGGCCAAGGUCUUCUUUGAUAUAAGGAUUGGAGACAAAGAUGUUGGCAGAAUUGUGAUUGGCCUCUUUGGAAAAGUUGUGCCCAAGACUGUUGAAAAUUUUGUUGCUCUAGCAACAGGAGAGAAAGGAUAUGGAUAUAAAGGAAGCAAUUUUCAUCGCGUCAUCAAGGACUUCAUGAUUCAAGGAGGGGACUUCACCGCUGGAGAUGGCACUGGCGGUGUGAGCAUUUAUGGUGCAACAUUUCCAGAUGAGAACUUCAAGCUGAAGCACUAUGGCAUAGGGUGGGUCAGCAUGGCCAAUGCUGGUCCUGACACCAAUGGCUCUCAGUUCUUUAUCACCUUGACCAAGCCCACUUGGUUGGAUGGCAAACAUGUGGUAUUUGGAAAAGUCAUUGAUGGGAUGACAGUGGUGCACUCCAUAGAGUUGCAACCUACCGAUGGGCACGACCGCCCACUCACCAACUGCUCAAUCGUCAACAGUGGCAAGAUAGAUGUGAAAACACCCUUUGUGGUUGAGGUUGCUGACUGGUGACACAACUGACAGAAGACAACACACUCUGGCGGGGGGUGUGUGUGUCCUCCUAUUCUUCAAAGUUAUUGUUUUGCUUUGCUUUUUUACUUUAAUUUUCUAUCCAGAUCACAGGAAAGUAAUAAUCAAUCACUCAAUGUUUCAUUUGCAUGAAUUUUGGUAAAUCACCUACUUAGGGACUUUGAACUUAAAAGACAUCCUUCCUACAAUGGUGCUAUUUUUAAACUAGAAAACUUUGUAUUGGCUAUUUUUUUUUUUUUAAAGAAUACAGUCUUUUUUUUUUUUUUUUUUUUUUUUUUGCUGAAUUUAUUAUGGUUCCCAUGUUGGGCAAUGCUGAAGAUUUGUCUGAAAAAGAUGAGGAAGUGAAGUUUAUUAUUUUGAAUUCAAACAGAAAUCAGGUAAAUGGAAAUUUGAUUAGUAUAAUCAGAUACAUGUAAUAGGGAAUUUUUACCUGAUAAAA